AUGGACUCCCUCGCCGGCACUGAGGCCCAGCCGCGCAGCACCAGGUGCCGCCACCGAGACCCUCCCACCCGGACGCGGAGGACCCGGUUCGUCUGCGUCUCCGACACCCACAACACCACCGUCAAGCUGCCCAAGGGCGACGUGCUGAUCCACGCGGGGGACCUGACGAACCAAGGCAGCUUCUCAGAGCUAUCACGAGCAGUAGCCUGGCUCGAAAAGGCCCCCUUCGAAGCCAAGAUCGUCAUCGCAGGAAACCACGACCUCACCCUCGACGCCCCCUUCUACGCCCUCCACGGCCCCCAUUUCCACAACCAAGCACCGCAGUCCCCCUCCGACUGCCUCGCCCUCCUGACCUCCUCCCCCAGCAUAACCUACCUCAACCACGCCUCCGCCAGAAUCACCCUCACCUCCCCCUCCGGCCCGCGCACCUCCUUCUCCGUCUUCGGCUCCCCGUACUCCCCGCGCAACGGCCUCUGGGCCUUCUCCUACGACACCCCGCCACAGAGUCAGACUACCCUGACGGCGGCGGACCUCACCGCGCUCUGGGACGACAUCCCCCUCGACGCAGACGUCGUCGUCACGCACACACCGCCGCGCACGCACCGCGACGAGUCCCGCCUCCGCCGCGCGACGGGAUGUGAGGCCCUCCGCCGGGCGCUCUGGCGCGUGCGCCCGAGGCUGGCGGUUUGCGGGCAUGUCCACGAGGCAAGGGGGGUUGAGAGGGUGGCUUGGGACCUUGGGUGUGCGAACACGGCGUUCAAGGAGGACGGAGUCGCCGGGUGGGAGGAUCCUGGGGUUGGGGGGAAGCAGUCGCUCGUCGAUCUGACGGCGAAAGGCGGACGGGCGUUGGAGAAUGAUGGGUCGGUGAUGGUAAAGGAUUUCUAA